CCAUGUUUGACAGUAUCUGCAACCUAAGAACUGUCCAUGAUCAUGUAUUUUGUAAAAAGGUUUCUGUUUCUCUUUCUGCACACGUUGCUUCAAUUCCUUCUUCUCCGGUGUGGCACUUCACAGGACACCAUAACUGUCAGUCAACCUGUUACAGAUGGUAAGGUUUUGGUAUCCCACGGAAAGAUCUUUGCCCUUGGUUUCUUUAGUCCUGGCAUGUCCACCCACCGCUACGUCGGAAUUUGGUAUUACAGUGCUGAUCCGGGGCAGGCCAAGGUGUACGUGUGGGUAGCAAACAGAGACAAUCCUAUUAACAACAGGUCUGGAGUUCUCUCAAUCGAUGUUCAUGGAAACCUAGUACUCAGUGUCAAAGAUCAGAGCCAACACAUCUGGUCCGCAGAUAUUGUUUCAAAAUCAAAGAACAAUAUUAGUACCAUCGCUCAGCUCUUGGAUUCAGGAAAUCUAAUCUUGACACAUGAUGAUGAAAGAAAGAUGGCACUAUGGCAAAGCUUUGACCAUCCAACGGAUACCUCGCUUCCAAACAUGAAAAUUGGGCUGGACCGAAGAACUGGCCUGAACCGGGUCCUAACAUCAUGGAAGUCCAAAGACGACCCAGGAACUGGAAACUUUUCGUAUAAGAUAGACAGCAAUGGCUCCCCUCAGUUAUUCUUGUACGAGGGUAAGGUUCCACGGUGGCGUUCUGGUCAUUGGAAUGGCCAUGGAUGGAGUGGAAUCCCGACAUUGCAGGAUAGUAAGCUCUUCAAUAUCAGUUUUGUGGACAACGAGAGCGAGAUUACAACUAUUUGGGGUGUCGGUGACCGCCCAACACUGCUGUCAACAUUAGUGGUAAACGAGUCUGGUUUCGUCCAACGGUCUGUGUACAUGGAGGGAGACAGUAAAUGGGAUAUGCUUGGUGCGGCACCUUUUGACCAGUGUGACAUUUACGGAAAGUGUGGUGCUUUUGGGAAAUGCAAUAAGGUUGGUAGUGGGUUCGAGUGCAGCUGUUUGCCAGGGUUGCAGAGAAAUGCAUCAGGCGGGUGCGUGAGGAAGCGUGGGGCGGCAUCCAUUUGCAGGAGCGGCGAAGGGUUUGUGAAGGUUGCCAAUGUGAAGGUUCCGGAUACUUCAGCAGCACGAGUUAAGACUGGUUUGAGUAUGGAAGCGUGUAAGGAAUUGUGCCUACAGAAUUGUUCUUGCACGGCGUAUGCAAGUGUGGAUGCGCGGGAGGAAGCGGGGGACUGCAUCAACUGGAAUGGUGUUCUGAUUGAUACAAGACUGUAUGGAGGUGGUGGUGGCCAAAGUUUGUAUGUACGUGUGGAUGCGGUUGAGUUAGAUCUGUAUCAUUCAAGGAAGCCAGCAGCAGGGUUCUUUGCUAGUAAGAAAAGGCUGGCAAUCACGGUGGUGGCCAUGCUUGUUACUUCAUUUCUCAUUUUCGUCUUUGUGCUUUCGGUAAUAAAGAGAAAGAGAGAGAGAAAAGGGAGCGCCAACCAACCCAUGUUGUUCGACGAUGCCAGUUCGAUACCCUUUCAAGAUUCUCAAAAACAUGAUGAAAGAAGAGGAAAACCAGAUUUACCAUUUUUUGAACUAAGCACCGUUGUUGCUGCCACAGACAACUUCUCCCCUGCUAAUAGGCUUGGACAAGGUGGUUUUGGCCCAGUCUACAAGGGUCAACUAACCAAUGGACAGGAAAUAGCCGUAAAAACACUCUCAAAAAGUUCAAGACAGGGCACAGAAGAAUUUAAGAACGAGGUUAUGCUAAUAGCAAAACUGCAGCAUAGGAAUCUUGUUAGGCUUUUUGGUUGUAGUAUUCAUAAAGAAGAGAGGAUGUUGAUCUAUGAAUACAUGCCAAACAAAAGCCUAGACUUUUUCAUCUUUGACGAAAUAAAAAGACAACUUUUGGACUGGAGGAAGCGAUUUGAAAUUAUUGUUGGGAUUGCUAGAGGAGUAUUAUAUCUUCACCAAGAUUCAAGACUGAAGAUCAUCCAUAGGGAUCUAAAAGCAAGCAAUGUACUACUAGAUGCAGCAAUGAACCCAAAAAUUUCAGAUUUUGGUCUUGCUAGAAUGUUUGGGGAUGACCAAAUUGAAGCAAAUACAAAUAGACCUGUUGGCACAUAUGGAUACAUGUCACCAGAGUAUGCAAUGGAAGGAUUAUAUUCUACAAAAUCAGAUGUCUUCAGCUAUGGUGUCUUAGCACUAGAGAUAAUUAGUGGCAAGAGAAAUAACCAUUUUUAUGUUGGAAGCCCUUGCCUAAACUUGAUUGGACAUGCAUGGGACCUAUGGAAAGAAGGUAAAGCCCUAGAUAUAGUCGAUUCUUCAUUGGGUGAUGAGGCAUCAUAUCCUGCUUAUGAAGUUUUGAGAUGUAUUCAAAUUGGGCUUUUAUGCGUGCAAGAACAAGCUGCGGAUCGGCCAACCAUGCUAGAAGUUGUGUUCAUGCUAGGAAAUGAAGCGAACGUUUCUUCUCCCAACAAGCCUGCAUUUAUCAAUAGAAGAAUUAUAGAUUCUGGUCAGGAUCCCUCAAGUUCUGCUGCAGCAGCUGCUUCUCAAAACGACAUUACCAUUUCUGAGCUUGAAGCUCGAUGAAUGGCUGCUACCUCUCAUCAAUUCGGCUCAAGUAAUUUAAUUGCUAGCUUUCGAAAUAUGGGAAAUGUUCUUAUUGUUUUUCAUCCACAAAUUUUAAGAUGUCGUACUUUUAAUGAUCUAUAAAUGUAAAUCUUAAGUAAUGUU